AUGUUUUUAUUAAGUUUAAUAGUAUUUACUAAUUUAUUUCUCAUACCUAUUUUAUUUCAUCCAUUUAAUAUUUGUCGACAUUUUAUCCAUAUAGGUCAUGAACCAUAUCAUGGCGAAUAUCUUCAAAUUAAUUCAUAUGAAUCAUAUUUAUAUAAGAUAAUAGAAUAUUUGAAAUCUUAUAUUUAUAUUUCUUCAUUAAUUAAAUCUGAAAAUAUUUUUCAACAAUUAUUUAAUUUUUUAUUUAAAACAAAUAAAAAUUUAUCUAAGAAAAUUUUUUAUCCAAAUUUAAUAAAAUAUACUAAAAUGUAUAUAUAUGAACAUGAUUUAUCACCAUUUAUUCAAUCAUUUUUAACAAUGUAUAUUUCUUAUUUUUUAUUAACUUAUUUUUCAUCACUUGUUCAUGUUUAUCGAAUAUCAUUUAAAACAAAAGAAGAAAAAUCUUUAAAUAAUAUUCGUUAUCGUGCUAAACAAUUAAUAGAAUCAAAUUAUAUACGAUGGAUUAUUAAUGCUUUAUAUUGGAAAUUUAUUGGUGUUAUUAUUUCACAUAUUUUUUAUAUUAUAUCUAUAAAAAUUCUAAUGCAAAGAUUAUUUAUUUCUUAUAAACAUUUUCAUCUUAAUCAAGAUUUAAUUUAUAGUUCGUGGAAUUUACAAAAAAAUAUUAAAUUAAUUUAUAAAUAUGAAGGAUUAAAAGCUUUUUUUAGUGGUAUUCUAUCACGAUUGAUUUAUGAAUUUGGUAUUACUCUAUUACCACGUUUAAUUUGGUGGCCAUUUCGUUCAUUUUUCUUUCAUUCAACAAUAAAAUCUUAUUUUCGUGCAUCAUCAAUCGAACUUUACUUUAUUCAAUGUAUAUGCGAAAAUUUUCUUCGAUGUUUUUCUGUCUAUCUUCAAAUAUUUGCUCGUAUAACAACAUUAGAUAUUGUCAAUCAAAUGCAUGAACAUACCAAUAUAAAGAACUAUCCUCUAUUAUCACUAUUACGUCAUCAUCAUCAUCAUAAUAUUAAACAACCUUGGUCAUUUCUUCUAUCAAU